AAUCAAGAAGAGUCUUCUUAUAAGAAAUAGACGAAAUAGAUAUUGUUUACGAGUGUUAUUAAAACAAUAAUAAUUAUGGAUAAUGCAUAUUUUACGCGUGCUAUGAAUUUUUGUAAAUCUCAGCAUGUAGAUAUGACAGACUUACUUGAUGAAAAAUCAUAUUUCUUUUCAAAUAUGUGCUACAUUUGUCGCUGUUUCGGUGAAAAAGUCAACUUAAAAAGAUGCAGUGCUUGCAAUAUGAUUUCAUACUGCAGUAAGGAACACCAGAAACAAGAUUGGCCGAAUCAUAAGCAAUUUUGCAGAGUUUUAUGUCAAAUUAAAAAGGAUUGGAAAGUGGAUAAUUUAUUUGAAUCAUUGAAAGUAAAAAGUGCCGAUGAAAGAAUGGCUGUUUUUAAACAGAUUGAUAUUGAUGGAAAGGGCGACAUGUUGAUAGAACUUUUGAAGGCAAAAGCAGUUACAUUACUAAAAAGAAAUUUAAAAGUAACAGAAUUGCAAAUGAUCCAGUUACCAAGAGUUUGUUCAGUCUGUUUUGAAAGUAAACAAGAACUUCUUGUAAAUUGCAAAAAAUGCGCUCAAACUUCUUUUUGCAAGGAGCACUUAAAUAAUCGAGAUCAUCAAGAGGAAUGUCAUAAAUGUAUCUUCAGUGCCAUUAUUAUACCACAAUCAAUAUGCGAAAUGACAAAAACAAUAAAAUUGUCCACUCACAUCAAAAUUGACAAAUUACCAUCCUCAAUGAUGGAAUUUAUGGAGACUUACGUAACAAAGAAUUCAAUUGAUUUAUAUUCCGUGGAAGCAAAAGAUUCAUGGAAUAAAGCAUUUUCAGACAAAUAUUCUAGAGCCCUGUCAAUAAUCUUCGCCAUGGAGAAAUUAGACUUUUAUAAAAAUUCAGAAAGUCUAGUGAUUCAUCUUGUAGGCGCAUCUUUGCCAGAGGAAUUCUUUGACGAUUGGGAAAUAUUGUUGCACUUUUUUAAGUCAUUGCGAAAACUUUCAGUAAUUCUCAUUGGAGACGAAUUAAUUUCUUUUGACGAUAAAGUGGAAAAACUUUGCAAAUCCUGCAGAAAAGGAAACAAAAAAGUAAUAAUUGAAACGCAUCAUACGUUAUAUGAUGCCUACUGUGGACAAUCGAGUUUUAAAAAACCGGAUAUUAUUGUAUGCUUCAAUGCAGGUCUCUAUAGUUAUGAUUCUUGGGAAAAAUCUGUACGAGUGUUUAAUAAAGGACAGUGUCCUUUGGUAGUUACAGCUUAUACUAAAGCUGAAAGUCUUGAAGACGAGAAAAUGGUCAAAUCCAUAUUUCCAUGUGGAAAUUGUGUCUACAGUGAUUGCAAUCCGUUUGAAAGUUUUACUUACACAAGACUUAGAAUUGGGUUAUCUAUCAAUUCUUCAAGUAAUUUUAUUUUCAUCUAUAAACAUCUUGGCGAAAACAUUACAUCAAAGUGAUAUUUUACAUCAAGAAAAUUUAUAUACUAUUUGCUUUUCUAUACAUUUACAGCAGAGCUGUCAGUAGAUUUGUAAACAAUGUUACAAAGUAACAUGUGGUAAAAUGUUUUAUUAUAACAAUUUUUUAAAUAAUUAGUGUAAGAUUAAUAAACGGAAAAUUUUCAACUUUAAUUUCUCUUAGUUAAAACAAUCUAAACUUUUGAAUCAUUUUUCCAAAAUAGCAAAUGUGAUAUAAGAUUAAUUGUUUAUUAGCUUAAAAUUAUAAGAGUUUUAUUAUAUUUUGUAAAUGGUACAUAUAAUUAUAUAUAUAAUAUGCAUGUAUACCAGAGACACGAAAGGGUUAAAACAAUUUUUGCGUUCUUCAGGACUCGAACUAAGUCCGUUAAUUUGCUUGAAGUCUGUAAAAGUCAGUUUUUUUGAAAAAAUGUCAAAAAAUUCCGUAAUUUGAUUGACAAUAGACGAAAAGUUCGAAAAUUGUACGACAUAAUUUGGAGAAUUUACGAGAAAUUACAA